AGUGAAGUUCCUUGAGAAGGACCCGAAGACGUGAUAUAGUUCCUAUCUGGCCCAACACGUAUGGCGUUUGCCUGCCCAUGUUCCACUUAGCACUUUCCAUGCCUUCUGUCGAAUGAACAUGGACUCUUCAAGAUGACAUGCACGUGGGUAAUUCUCUCCAACUCAAGGUUCAGGGUUGGAGAGCUCGGCCAGGGCAUGUGAACCCAUACAGCUCAUGCUAGGUGACCCAGAUGGUCACGCUUCCAUACACCUCAAAGCAGACAGGGUGCAAAUACGACCGCACAGGUUCUCUAUAUCAUUGGCGUCUGUAUCCUGUAGCCAUUAUAAGGCGAUCCGUAGUAGCAAUAAUCUGACUCAAGACCACCCGCACCAAUACCCAUCCUACCUUUGACAUGACCAACAAAACCUUUGUAAUAUACACUUCCACAGCCGACCCGACCAAGGUCCUGAGGAACGGUGUUCAAGUUGUGUUGACCGUGACACCUCCAGUGCAAGCUGCGAAAGCCAUUGUUUGGAAGAUGUACGACUUCCUCCCUCGCAGCGAUACUACUCAGACCGCAACAUGGGUCUCUCAGCCUGGCUUCGGCGUCGUCGGAUCUGAUGAGGUUCAAGCAAGCAUCGCCUGCAACGUUGGCGACGCCGUCGUUUAUGACACGUCCCAUGGUUUUGUUCCCGGGAACACGUUGACUCCUAAGGUCAGUGGAGUAGCUGACAACGUAUCGGUUAAGAAUGCAAGCACAACUCCACAAACAUUCAACGUUGGCACUAUGAGCGAUACUGACGUUUUCACCUCACUCCUUCGACUCCCCGUGGUGGCGCCCAAUGGCACAAGCCAUGGACGACCAGCUACCCUGCUUCAAGCAUAUGGUGUACCCCCCAAGAGCUAUGACUUCACCGGAAAGGAUCUUUUAUUGAAGGAUGCCGAUCAGCAGAAGUUUAUCUUCCGCACCUCGGAUGCCACACCAAAGCCCAGCCCGAUCGACCUGACGAAAUUAUCCGACAAUACGACAUAUUUGCUGUACUCUACAAUCAGCGGUGAGCUCGUACUCGAGGACACCACUUGAGGUAUGAGGUUUUGGAUGUGUGCUUUCUUGUGUGAAAUACGAUCCUCGAUGUGUCGCUUGUAAUUGUAUCAUCUCCAUUCACCGGUCGUCUGAACGUGAUGUUUCUUAGGCAACCU